AUGUGCACAUGGGAAGAGUUGAUACUUUGUCUCCCACAUGUUUUCUCUAAGGAAAAUACAGUCAACUUGAAUGAUCUCCUCUUAGAGGAGAGAGCAAGUGUAGCCUGGAGGUGGAGUCUUGCCACAGGUGACAAGAAGCUAGUUUUGAGCUUGAGAGUGGUGCACAAGCAAGCCGCGGCCUCCAACUCCACAAGCCCAGAUAGUAUUGGGCAGCACUUAUUCACCGCCGGCCCAAUGUGGACGAGCCCACCAAGCAGAUCCACGCACGCUCCCAAUUUCAGGGUGUCGAUGGGGCAGCCGCCGUUGGCCGGCGGCAGUUUGGGCACAGUCGUCACGGGUGGCUUAGGGUUUACUGUGACAGGCGGCACGGGCAAUUUGGGCACCACAACAGGCGAACAGGUGGCACAGUUGGUUUGGAGAAUGGGAUCUGCGGCUGAGGAAAGAGAGAGCAUGGAAAUGAGGAGAAUUGCUAAGAUUUUGGCGGACUCCAUAGCUAUUUAA